GUCCCUCGGUAUCUUUCUCUUUCACUCUGCACAAGAUGCAGACUGUCGUGAUUUUUCUAGCGUCGUUGGCUGUGCUCUUUGUGGUGAAGAAGGUACUUGAGUUCUUGAACGCAGUUAGAGCUAUCCAGAAUCACCCCGGAUUCCGCACCCUCUUCGAUCCUACAGGUGCCUCCUCGUUUUUCCCUCGUAUCACAGGAGUCUCUAUUGGUUGCGAUGUCAUGUUCAACAAGUACGCCGAUUACGAGGCUUUCGGUAUUGACAUCAUUAGCUCCGUGUGCGCGUUUCCAAAGGUAAAUACGCACUACUUCAUUGCGGAUGCUGCUGUAAUCAAGGAGAUCAUGACCGCACGUUUGAAAUUUCCCAAACCGAUAGAGUUGUAUUCGCUACUUCUCUUUUUUGGGCACAAUAUCGUUGCGUCGGAGCGUGAGGAAUGGAAGAAAUACCGCAAGAUUUCUGCACCCGCCUUCACCGAGCCAAACAAUAAGCUUGUAUGGGAGGAAACUGUACGCGUUGUCACAGAUCUUUUCGACAACGUAUGGGGGAACAAGAAGGAGAUUGUGUAUGAUCAUGCCCUCGAUAUUACCAUGUCUCUGGCUCUCUUCGUCAUCGGAGGCGCAGGUUUUGGCCGCCGCAUUGGGUGGAAUGACGAGAUGGUUGCACCCCCUGGCCAUAAACUGACAUUCAGGGACACCCUUGCUGCCGUCUCUCACGAUACCAUGCUCAAAGUCACACUUCCUAACUGGGCCUUGUAUGCCACAAAGCGAACGCGAGCCCUCCAUAUGAUGGACAUGAUCAACGCUCGACGGUCGUCAGAGAAGAAGGAAGAGAGAUACGAUCUCUUCAGCAGUCUCCUCGACGCCAGCGAAGGGAACUUUGACGGCGAGUCAAAGUUGACUGAUCGUGAACUGCUCGGAAACAUCUUCAUUUUCCUCAUUGCCGGUCAUGAGACCACAGCCCACACACUUUGUUUCUCAUUUGCACUUCUAGGCCUGUACCAGGACGAACAGGAGCGAUUAUACCAGGAACUAAAGAAGGCAUUCCCAGACGGCAGAACUCCCGCGUAUGAAGACAUCAGCAAGCUCACUUAUGUCGAAUGCGUCAUGAAUGAAACCCUCCGCAUGUUCCCUCCUGCUUCGAGUGUUCCAAAGUAUGCCACUGAAGACACUACUUUCGUAACCAAGAAUGCUGCCGGCGAGAAUGUCGUUGUGCCUGUGCCUGCUGGAACUGGCGUCUCGUUGCAUAUCAGUGCUCUGCAACACAACCCUCGUUACUGGUCAGAUCCUUUUGAGUUCAAGCCUUCUAGGUUCCUAGGGGACUGGCCAAGAGAUGCUUUCAUUCCUUUCAGCGGCGGUGUUCGUUCUUGUCUGGGACGCAGGUUUGCAGAGUUGGAAAGCCUCGUUGCUCUUUCGAUGAUUAUCAUGCGAUAUAAACUUACGAUCAAGCCGGAACCUGAGUUCGAGCACGAGACUUUCGAGCAGAGGAAGGCGCGAAUCCUUAAGGUUACCCAGGGCAUCACUAUCACACCUGUUCGUGUGCCGUUGGUUCUGACAAGGAGGGAUUGACGGUUGUACUUUUAUAUGGUAUCAGACCU